CGCGUCGUCAGCUAGAAACACAUGGCAGGCAAGUGAAGCGGUUUGUGUCAGUGCCAGCGGAAAUUUGCUUGAGUUUGGAGAAUAUCGAAAGAAAUUUGCUCAUUUUUGCAAAAAAGAAGUACCAAGUUGGUCCUGUCUAGCCGGGACCACCAAGUCCAAGAUGACAAGACAGUGUAUUUGCCAGAUUUGCACUUGCGGGCGUCAUCGAUGCCCGCACAGACCCCAGGCCCCAGUCAGCAAGGGACCAUGUGUCCUGUCAGAGUACACCAACAAGUACAAGCCAUACCCAGGCAACCUGAUGCGGGACAGCUUCAAGCCCAAGGAGCAGAUGAUCCAAGGGACAGGCAACAUGUCGGAUGCCACCACUCACAGAGUGGAUUACAUCCCCCGUGAGGUGAACCGACCUGCCAUACACCAACCGGAAACCUAUCGAAAACCUGACGGCGACAUUGACCAUUUGACCUCAUACACCAAAGACUACCCAGGUCACAAGUCGGAGCCCGUCAAGAGUUUCCGUGGUGACCACAUCAGACAUGUGCCCUCAGGAGAAUUCCGCGGGAACCCAACAUAUACAGAUGACUAUCGCAGGUGGAGUUUACCGACUAGAGAUCAAGGCAAAGCAUACCACUCAUAUAUUCCUCCAUCGGCUCCUUUUGAUGGCCUGUCCACCUUUGCCCGAGAUUUCCAGCCUAAAAAGGUUGAUCUCCGUCAGAGUCUACGGCCGGCUGAGAACACACAACGAUCUGAUGCACCAUUUGAAGACAAGACAAGCCACAAGGUAUCCUACAUCCCCCACGCCCCACAAGCCAGGCAUGUGCGCCUGCAGGAGCCUUACAAGAGGAGCCCGCACAAGUUUGACGGCUUGACCACGUUCCAGCGCGACUUCACCGCCAAGGAUGCUCACCGAUCAGACAACUUCAAACCCGACGCAACACCCAUGAAGUCCGACCAGCCCUUUGAAGACAGCACGACCUUCAGGUCCGACUACAAGAAGUGGGACAGCGAGCCCAUACAGGUCCACGUCCCUGAGACAUACCAGAAACCUGCAGGCGACAUGGAUCUGUAUACGACAAACAAGCUGGCCUACCAGCCGCACAAGAUCAGGCCGGCCUCAGCUAGGCGUCCGGUCUCCCAAGGGCGCAAGACAGACGUACCAUUUGAUGAUCGCACCAACUACAAUUCCGAUUUCCGCAAGUGGAACAGCAAGCCCGAGCGGCGAGGGGACCCAUCCCAGCGACCCUACGAGAGACCAGAGAUCCCGUUUGAGGGCUCGACCAACUACCGCGCGCACUACAUCCCGAAGCACGCCAUGCCAGCGAAGAGCAUGGGUCCGGAUCGCACCGCCCGCCAGAGCAGCGACCCAUUUGAUGACCGUACUUUCUACAAACUGGACUUUACUGCAAAGGAAAUGACACCUUGCCCGGCCAUCAACCUCCCUGCCAGUGGGUACGUGUUCAGCCAGACUGAUCAGAGGGGGCACGAGAUGUGGGUGAAGAACGCCUGGACUGGGGAGACAGAGCGAGUGAUGAAGACUCCACCCCAGCAAAUCAGCCUUGAACAGGCAACUUACGCAUGAGACCUUCACACGAGGAAAGCAAGGCCCAAGAAACGAUUACUAGGUAAUCGUAUGCCCCAGUUAUUAGGUAAUGGCAUGCCUCAUUGAGCAGGCAGGAUCGUUAGUACAGUCCACAGAAUCACAAAAUAUGUCACAGCUACAAAUGUACAACUUGUAAGCUUAGGAUACGUUGAAGUCCGUGGGCACAGCCCACUGAGAAUAUUGGGUUAGGGCAUACUGGAAUGGUUGGGAUGCAAAUGAAUUUUGAGAUAUCCUAACGGUGUCGUCUCUGUCUCACAAUUUGCAGGAUCAAAGGUAGAGUGCAAUAUUUUUCAAAUUAACCUUUUCCCUUGGUGUUUUAAUGAAUUUCAGACUGCUGGAUUCCACUACACACAUGGAAGACAAACAAGGCUCAAAUUGAAAUAUCUUGAGUUGAAUAAUGAAACUCAAAAUGACCACAGUAAUCCCCAUAUUCACAUCCAUCGUGUGUCGCUGCAGCUGUUAUAAAUCUGUACCAAUGGUUAAACAGAAUGAGGGCAAGUUCGAGCAACGACUAUAAUUGACCAUAGACCGCUUGACCUGUGUAUGGUCGGACACGUCUAGUCGACCAUUUGGGACCAGGUUUAGGGGUAUGGUUGCACCGCUGGUUACCGAUAACAUAUUUCAUUCAUCAUUACAGAGGGAACCAUUCACAUGAAAAUAAAUGUACCAGAUUUCAGUGACCUUGUACGCUACGAAAAAUCGCAGCCUGUGCUGAAAUUUGAGUAAAAGUGAAAUUAAAAACAAAAUGGGCCGAUUGAGGUCGUUCAAGUGUAACUUAAUAGCACAUGCGCAUUGUUAAAAAGCCACUGACUACUGGCCUACCUAUAGUUAGCGCCCAAACUUGCCCUAAAAUGCAGCAGUAUAAAAUGUAAUUAUUUACAUGUAGAUCAUGUUCGGCAGCCAAAUAAGCAAACGCUAUAUGGAGGUUGUAACUGCCAAAUAGCUGUUAGAAAACAACACUUUUGGUUUCACUUCCUGUGAUAAGGCCAUUCCCAAACUAAUACCUCACUGAGCUUACUUGUGUGUGAGAGGCACAUGGGGUAUCCUUACAGGCUCCUGUACAAACAGCAUUUUUCUUUGUAUAGUGUUCAACAGGCUACACUGAUUAGGUCUUGGUUACAGAUUAUGUGUUGGUUAUUGAAGUUUAAUCCAGAUCUUUUCUUGAUUGCUGCACCCCCCCCCAUUUCUUUUUAAGUCAUUGUUUUGGUUCAUGCCUGUCGUUGCCUAGAAACCAAUACACAAAUGAUAACAUGAUCCUUAACAACAAGCCCGCUGUAAAGCAAGGGGGCGCUCUGGCACUAUUGUUGGUUAUUCUAUACAUGGAAUACAACAAAGACAUUACAUGCUGCCAAGCUACAUGUAAAUAGACAGGCAUUUUGAAAUAGGUGUACAUUGUACAAACAAAAUAGACAUGCGUUUAAAAUGAAAUACAAAGUGAAAUAAAUGAGUGUAGAUUAUGCUGAAAAUACAUGUAGUACAGCAUACGUACGGGCAAGACAGCAUUCUCAUGAAAAUACCGCAGCAUUUCAAGAAAAAAGUCCACCUAAUUUAAGGAGGUGACAGUCAAUGCACUUACUAUGGAAGAAAAUUUAUUUUAUCAGGAUUGUUGAAGGAAAAUGUACGUGCUAUGGGGUGAUGACCUCAGAAGCUGAUCAAAGUUGCACAGUUUCAGACCCAUGAUGAUUUGUAAACUAGUUGAUGCAGCAUGAACAUUAAAUGCAUAAAUGUUGGUGUACAGUGCAGGCCAAGCCGAUGUCACAAAGCACAACUUCUGUACAUGUACGUGCUAGAGCAAUUUAUAGUGUUCUCAGAGACGUAAUUUUAAUAGAGGCAAUACAUCAAAUGUAAUACAUGUACUUAAAAUGACAGGGUAUCUACAUGUACCUGUAAUUAGCAGUACUUGCCAAUUGUGCGCACUCGUUUUUAAGUUGUAAAGAACACUGAAUGUUAGUGAUCACUGUUCAAGUACAUGCACAAAGGUAGAUAAGUUUUCCUUUCAUUUUUUUCUCUUCAGAACUUGCUCCGUCAACAAGCAAGAAAUCUGAAUAUAAUUCCUUUUGGAGUAAGCAUUUUACAGGUGCUUAAAAGCCUGGAUAUUUUGUCCAAAAUGGAUGGUGUGUGUCUAAGCGCCCAUUGUGAAGGCAAUCUCAAUGAACAAUUUUUUGUUUCUUUUUCAAGCUGCUUGUAGAAAUAAUUGCCUUUUUGACAAAAGAAUUUGAAAGAAUCGUGUUAAAUCAUGAGCAAUAAGUGCCUCUAUUUCUUCCUGUUCAUGUUGUCCAUAUAUGGAACGAGCUGUCCAAAGUGCCUUAGAAUAGAAACGCCAAAGACCCUCUUUUUUUCUGAAGCUCCUCUU